UUCUUGUUAGGUAUUGGAUUUUUCCGGUAUGACAGAAAGUUUGUGGGAUGAUGUUAAGAGCUUGAAGCACAGCAAGACGUUGAGUACCUCUAUUGAAGAUGACAAAUACCGGCGUCAGGUGGAUGCUGCUAAGAAACGUGCUGCAGCUCAAAAUGUCGAUUAUCCUACGUUCGCAGCCAUGGUCUCUGCUGCUCACUUACAACCAGUUGAUCGAAAGAGGCUGGCGGAACCCAGAGCGGAUACUAAAAGAACUGCUCCAGCUUGGUCGUUCAGUUCUUCUGGAAGUUUGCUGAAGGCCGACGACGUUAGAUCUCAAGCAGGCACGGAAGCUCCCAUCUUGUCGAAGCGCGAUGUCCUUGAGUCUCUGGAAAAGCUGAAAAGUUUUGUGCGAGGCACGGGUAAUGCAGAUGUACCACCCACUGCCGCCAGAACCGUGGGGCCUAUGACGCAAGAUGCCUUUCGAAAAGGCUGGAGAAGUCUAUCCACGGAACCUCCAGACAAGAGGCUAGAGUUCCUGGCAAACGUUGGACCCUUUCCAAGGAUUUUCAGAGUGGAGAUUCCUCCAGAUAUCCUUACCGGGGUUUUGGGAACUUUGCUAGAUGCAUUGGGUGAGACACAGGGGCCGGGUGGUGUGUCGGCUGUGGUUAAGAUUCUAGAGUCGAUUUCCAAGUGCUCGAGGUUCGCCAUCACAAUGAAGCUGAUGGGACAGAGGAACAGGGCAGUAGUUGAUCGGCUCUUCGACAUUCUAUCAGACGACAGUGAACUCGACGAGCUCCGAUCAAAGUUUACAGUGUGGGAAUCUUUCUCUCGUCGGGGAACGUCAGGGAACCGAACGGAACAGGACGCGUUCACGUCGUUAUGAAGGAAAGCUCCACGUAUGUAAUCAUCGAUGGCGUCACUGUGGUGGUGAGGUUCUUCUGCAGCACGGGCCCGUGGUCGUGCAAGUGGCGCAGGUACUGGCUACGCAUACAACGUGGAAAAGUUCUCGAGCUCUUCAACAAGCAUAGGUCCUUUCUGCUACUACAACCAAGGGACUCUGGACUUUGACCGGGGCAGGAUACUUGGACUACCAGAGACCACCAACUUGGCUUGGCAACGAAGGAACAGACAAAGGGAGGAUUUUGCUCUUUGGAUUUCGUGGGAGGAGGACGCACAAGUUCUAAGGCUGUUUACUACUACGCGACAAGGACUAUGGGAAGAACGUAGACAAGAGCAGGGAAUACUGGAGUCGCGAAGCCAGCCGAUGAGGAUGGCAAUGCAGAGACUGGAAUCGCGACAGGGUUCUCUCUUCGGGAGCCGCCGGAGAAUCCUUGGGCAGUGGCAGUGGAAGGCUCGGCAGCCGAUGGAGCACGGUCUUGAUAAGAACCGUGGCUCAAAGGCUGGACGCGGAUGGAGAACUUUUGUCCCAAGUUGCAGUGGCUGGGAACUCCAGAGAUGAACCAGUACCAGCCGUCUCUCAGCAGGUAGACCACCGUAUCUCCGUCGUCAUACGUUGCCAGGGGUUUGGAAUUGGAGCAGGAGACGUAGUCUGCGAGGCUCACUUGCAACACGCUCUCGGUGCCUUGAUCAUAGCGGAAGUCUGCCAGCAGCCAGCCAUCCAUGAGAGAAGAGAAAGAGGAGCUAUUGGGAAAAGCAGCAGUCGCAAACAGGAUUGAGUGCUUCGAUAACGAAGAGGAACUUAAGCCA